AUGGUGCAGGACAGAUUAGAGAAAAUAGUUGAUCGUAUUGACAGCAAUGUUGAUGGUUAUAUCACCACUGAUGAACUCAAGGCCUGGAUCAAGAGAGUACAGAAGCGUUACGUCUAUGAGAACGUCGCAAAAGUUUGGUCUGACUAUGACCUGAACAAAGACAACAAGAUCUCAUGGGAUGAAUUUAAGCAAGCAACGUACGGUUACUACCUUGCCAAUCCAGAAGAGUUUGAGGAUGCAACAGAUCAGUUCAGCUUCAAGAAGAUGCUUCCGCGAGAUGAACGUAGGUUUAAGGCUGCAGAUCUCAAUGGCGAUUUAGCUGCAGAGCGAGAGGAGUUCACUGCUUUCCUCCACCCAGAGGAGUUUGAGCAGAUGCAGGAAAUUGUGGUUCUUGAAACUCUGGAGGACAUUGACAAGAAUGGGGAUGGUCAUGUAGAUGAGGACGAAUACAUUGCGGACAUGUUUGCUCAUGAAGAUGGUGGCCCAGAGCCAGACUGGGUUAGAACCGAGAGAGACCAGUUUUCAGAUUUCCGAGAUCUGAAUAAAGAUGGGAAGAUGGACUUCGAAGAGAUUCGUCACUGGAUCCUGCCGCAGGACUAUGACCACGCGCAGGCAGAGGCUCGGCAUCUGGUGUCAGAGUCAGACACAGACAAGGACCAGAUGCUGACCAAAGAAGAGAUUCUUGAGAACUGGAACAUGUUUGUAGGCAGCCAGGCCACCAACUAUGGCGAAGACCUUACUAGGAACCAUGAUGAGCUAUGAACCCGAGCAAAGGGUGUGGAACUCUACCUGAGGACGCAGGUACUGAACUGAGAAGUGAACCUUCAUGGCAUCCGUUCCAUCAGAAGCCAUGCCAGUGACUGAUGAACUGACUGAUGUACUGCAGCUCUACCUCACAGACUGGACAUCGAGGAAUCACUGACUGAUGGUUGUAGUCCCUAAUACACACUUAGGAUUUUCUCUUUCACUCUGUGUUCUUUUUGUGGGUGGUCAAGGAACUCUUCUGUCCUGGUUGAAUGAGCUGCUACAGAUUUCUUCAGCUGAACCUUUUGGGGUUUUUUUUUUUCCUAAAGCAAUCAUAGGACGAAGCCUGUGCCUAUUUUUGUCUGGUGUCAAUAUUGGAACAAACAUUCUAUUUAUUUAGAAUUUGAAUUGAAUUUCAUGCUUUGAUAAUACAACACUUUUACUACAGAAAGCACUACAAGUCAUUGUUGAUAUACAAUUAUACAUAAAGUACACUAGACAUGUAAUUAUUAUCACAAUGUUCCCAUUGCUGACCGUAUGUCCAUGUCUUGACAAACUACAUGUUCUAAACACAGCUGCCUCUGAUGCAUUAUUUUUGUCUUACAUUUGCACGUUGUCUGUUUUUUGCUCAUGUCUGGUAAAAUUAGACCGUAUUUAUAACUCAGUCUUUUUUUUAUGAGAUUAGAUUUGAUGACACACAGUGUAUGAAGUGUUUAUGUAUACACUAUUGUUCAAAA